GCGAAUUGUAGCUAACUUCUCUUCCUUUUCAAAAUAUUGUAGGCAAGAUGGCUACAAAAAUUAUUAAGGCAGGUGGGGCUGAGCCCGACCACUUCGAAAACCAAGUUGCACAAGCUUUGCUUGAGCUGGAGAUGAAUUCCGAUCUAAAGGCCCAGCUUAGGGAAUUGCAUAUUACUAAAGCUAGGGAAAUCGAAUUAAACAAUAAGAAGUCGGUUAUUAUUUACGUGCCGAUGCCGAAGCUGAAGCAGUUCCAGAAAGUUCAGACUAGACUCGUCAGAGAACUGGAGAAGAAAUUUAGUGGUAAACACGUAGUAUUCGUUGGUGAACGUAAAAUCCUUCCCAAACCCACAAGGAAAACUCGUGCCUCCAACAAGCAGAAAAGACCAAGGUCUCGUACACUUACAUCGGUCUACGAUGCCAUUCUAGAAGAUCUUGUUUUUCCUGCCGAAAUCGUUGGAAAGAGAAUUCGAGUUCGUUUGGAUGGGUCUCAACUCGUUAAAGUUCACCUGGACAAAAAUCAGCAGACUACUAUCGAACAUAAGGUUGAUACGUUUGCCUCUGUUUACAAGAAGCUGACGGGCAGGGAAGUUACAUUUGAAUUCCCAGAACCUUAUUUGUAAAUGAGUAAUAAAUUUAAUAAUUUGAAAGUUUA